AUGGACAACAUCGAGGAACAGCAAUCGAAGUUUGCAAUACACGCGGCAUGUCGCGAGGGCCAAACACCAAAGGUCGAGUCGCUGCUCCACGCCGACAAACGCCUCGCAAACCGCCCUGAUGACGACGAACGACUGCCCCUCCACUGGGCAGCAUCCUACAAUCGCAUAUCGAUAGUCGAGCUGCUGUCAGAUCAGAAGGGCUUCGACAUCGACGCUCGAGAUGGCGCAGGCUGGACGGCGCUCAUGAUGGCCGCGAGCCUGAAAGACGGCGAUGAGCUCGUAGACCUCCUAUUAGCAAAGAGCGCGGACGUGAGCGAGAAGACGAACAACGGCCAAACAGCCCUACACUUCGCUGCCUCAAAACAGAACCUCGACACCGCACGGAAACUCAUAGCGCAUAAAGCAUCUGCUCGAGUGAAGGACAAGCGAGGACAACUCCCCCUCCAUCGCGCGGCGGCUGUUGGCAACGUCCCGAUCGUCAAGUUGCUGCUGGAGAACAAGAGCCCGAUCAACGCGACGGACAUCGAUGGGAGUACGGCGCUGCAUCAUGCGAUUGCGGAGGGGCAUGGGGACACUGCGUUGGUGUUGCUGAAGGCGGGCGCGGAGACGGAUAAGAGGGAUGGGUCGGGGAAGCUUGCGAUUGAGCUGGCGCCGGAUGCGAAGAUACGGGCGUAUAUUGGGAGGGCGGCGGAGGAGGAGGGCAUAGAGAUGUAG